AUGAUCGAGCAGAAACUUGAUCGUCAGACCGUUGAGGUAGAUCACAAGAUAGACAAAUUGAAGCGAGAAUUGGAGCAAUCCAAAAAAAUGGCCAUGCCGUUAGAUCACGCAUCCGGAAGAACUUUGAAGGUACCAGCAUUUGACGGAGAGAUGUCCUGGAACGUUUAUAAAACCCAAUUCGAAGCAGCGGCCACUAGUAACUGUUGGAACGGAAAAGAACGAGCAACAGCACUGAUACUGGCCCUGCGAGGUUCAGUAGCAGAGGUUCUUCAGACGAUUCCAGCGAAGAACCACUUCAACUAUGAAGUUCUGGUUAGCGCGUUGGAUUUACGUUAUGGUGAAGAACACAUGAAACAGAUUUAUCGGUUUCAGCUUAGAAACAGAACGCAACGAUUUGGUGAAUCCAUUCAGCAGCUGGCACAAGAUAUCAAACGGUUGACAUUGCUGUCGCAUCCGACAUCAGACCCCGAGCAUAGAGACGAAACUGCCCUGGAUACGUUUAUCAAAGCCCUUCGUGAUUCGGAACUCAAGCAAUCCCUUCUCUUGUCAGAUAAACGAAAACUCAAGGAUGCCGUUGUGCACAGUCUCACUUUUGAAUCGGCAAAGCAAGCAUCAAAAAGUGACGUACGUCUACGCCAAGUACAUGAAGAAUGCUCUUGCCAGAAGGUGGUUGUGAAACGCGAACCCCAACAGCAUGGUGUACCCCAAUGCUGGAUUUGUGGUGAAAAAGGCCAUCUACGUCGGGGUUGUAAACACCGCCUAAAAGAUAACCACUGCCGAAAUUGCGCGACAAGAUGGCGCAAAAGAAGAGAAGAUGAUCCUGUAUCACGAUCGGCCCCUUCGUUAGAAGGGGCGGAAAACUAA